GGCUAGUUCUGUCACCUGGAAUCCUCACAAAUUGAUGGGCGUUCCGUUGCAGUGUUCAGCAUUUUUGGUCCGUGAGAAGGGUGUUCUCCAGGCCUGUAAUCAGCUGUGCGCCGGAUACCUCUUCCAGCCAGACAAACAGUACGACACGGCUUAUGACACAGGGGACAAGACAAUCCAAUGUGGGCGGCACGUUGACGUUUUCAAACUUUGGUUAAUGUGGAGAGCAAAGGGCACGCGAGGAUUUGAGAUUCUUAUCAACAGAUUUCUGGAACUUGCAGAAUACCUUUAUAAGGAACUGAAGACAAGGAAAAACUUUGAGCUUGUAUUUGAUGCUGAGCCAGAACUUACCAACGUGUGUUUCUGGUACAUUCCACCAAGUCUUCGACAGAUCCCAAAGGGACCAGAAAGAGAAAAAAGGCUACAUCAGAUUGCUCCAAAAAUAAAAGCAAGAAUGAUAGAAGAAGGGACCGCAAUGGUUGGCUACCAGCCUCAUGGGGACAAUGUGAACUUUUUCAGAAUGGUCUUCUCUAAUCCAGCAACCAAGAAAUCAGAUGUUGAUUUCCUCCUUGAAGAAAUUGAAAGACUUGGAAAAGAUUUGUGAUAGCUUGAAUUUCAUCUCAAAAGU